AUGAGCCCCUCAUCCACUAAAAGGAAGAAGGGUGACGAGGAUGUUUUCAAUGGGAUGUCGUCGAAGAAGCAACGCACGCGAGUGAGCUUUUCUUGUGGAGAGUGCCAUCGCAGAAAGCAGAAAUGUGACCGCCAAAUACCGUGCUCGCAUUGCGUGGCACGGAAGGUCCCCGAGUUGUGCAAGGCUUACACGCCUGGAAAGGCUGAUCAAGACAUCAGUGCUCGCCUGUCAAGACUAGAACACAUUAUUGAAAUGGCCCUGCCGCAAUAUUGCGCUCCUAGCACGCCCAACUCCUCUUCAAUGGAGAUGACUUUACUGCAAGAUCGCCAUCGCUCUCUUUCGGGCCAAGAGGACGACAAUCGUUCUCAAACCGAAGAGCAAGAUCCUAGCGGCGGGACGUUUCAAAGUGGUAAGUGGUACGGCAUUAGUGCUUCCGGCAGUGUAGCACCGGCUUCCGUGCUUGAGCAGCUUCAAAAUGCUGUUAUGCCCACUUCAAAUCUUAAAGAUCGGGAUACUUUGGGACAAAACUUUCGUGACAGCAAAGUUCGUAGUGGUGCUGGGUCAUCCUCCGAUCCAAUUGUCAACGGCUUCAAGCUGGAUUCAUCUGUGGAUAGUUUUGAGUCAGUAGCGGCGGAUAACAUGAAAUCGCUUGUCCAAGAAUGUGGCGUUUCCCCUCACAAAUUUUCGGAGCUUUUGCAAGAGCUUCCACCCUCAAGAGUCUCUGACGUUCUUAUCGACUAUUACUUCAAUUCUAUUAAUUGGACGCGCUAUCCAGUGUCGGAAUGCGAUUUUCGUGCUGCAUACGCAUCGAUUCGUCACAACGGUCGUGACGGGGUUGAAUCAACAAGCCCUAGUAAUAUCCGGUUCCUUCCACUGCUCUUUGUGAUUCUUGCAAUAGCCGUGAGGCUUGCGCCUGAGCAAAUUGUUGGCGACGCGCGGACUCGAAGGGUGACAUCUCUUCGGUAUUACUGGUCUUCACGGAGAUCUCUUCUUAUCGCGGCUGCCGUUCAACCAGACUCCCUUGACAUCGUCUUAACCCGUCUUCUGAGUGCCCGCUUUUUGACAUUCGAUCGGCGCAUUACCGAAUGCUGGAGUCAGCUCGGCGCCGCCGUUCGAACUGCUCAGGCCCUAGGACUUCAUAGGGAUGGUUCCACUAUGCGAAUGGCGCCCGGUCAAGUGGAAUAUCGUAGACGCAUUUGGUCGUACUUGUACCAUGCAGAUCGAUCAUAUGCGAUGGCUCUUGGAAGGCCGAAUUCAAUACAGGAUGAUUAUACUUCAACGAAACCGCCAUCGAAUAUCGAAGAUGAAAGUUCAGAGCUUUCUCGGCGCGAGCCUUAUCCACUUUCCCAUCCAACUCUGAUGACUUUUGUUAUUCUACGACAUCAGUUGGCCUCUAUAAUCGGGCGUAUCGUCCAUCACUUCCAGCAAGUACGCGAACGAAGCCAUUAUUCAGACGUCGUUGCUUUAGACGACGAACUAUUAAAAUUUACUACAAAUCUGCCCCCCCACUUCUCCCUCGAGCCAGACAUUUCCUUGGAUGACACCUCGACGUAUAUCCCCGUCCAUCGUUUUCUGUUGAUCACAGAAAUUCUCUUCAUUAGAAUUGGCUUGCAUAGGCCCUACCUCCUCCGGCGGCUCAAUUCCGACCGGUAUGCACGAUCACGCACAGCCUGCUUCGAGUCGGCCGUCAAAGAUUUUGACGUCCGUCAAGCCUUCCGAGAGCAAAUGCCGAAUGAAGUGCGAAAUUCACUUGGUAAUGCUUAUCGAGAGUUUCAGACAGCGAUGAUCAGUGGUAUAUACCUCGUGCUCGAACCGCGAGGUUCACACGCGAAGGAAAUGCACGCCAUCUUGGAUGCGUUCAUGGAAGACCAUGAGGGCUUGCCAGAAAUGGACGAGACAACUCAUCGGGAAUUGAAGACCAUCGGGUUUCUCAAAAGCAAAGCAUCUCAGGCUGAAGCUUUGGGGCAGGCUGCGUCUACUGGUCCCACAGAUCAUGCGGUCAGCAACAAACCGGAACAACAACCUCGGCUCCUGCCUGGACCUCAGCACUCAUCAUCGCCUCCCUCGUCUUCACCCUGGAAGUCGUUCCCUUCUAUUCUCAACCCGACAUCCACUGACUCGUCCUCCAAAUCCCCUACCGUGCCGGGUGCUGGACCUUUGAAUCAAUCUCCAACAUUCCAACGCCUGCAGUACUCCUCACAAACAGAUUAUGUUCAUUCACCUGCCACUUCAGGAAGCCCACACGCGGACGACGAGUCCCCAGCACAGUCCUUGCUUGACCAUUGGUUUAACACUGUCAGCAACGCGCCGAUCGACCCAUCUUCAGUCGACAUGUCCUGGUGUGGACCGGGCGCAGAAUUUACGGGCUGGGUAGGUCCGUCGACCCUGGGAAAUUCAGAUCCUCGUCUAUUGACGGGGUCGGAUGGCUCGGAUUGGACGUAUUGGGAAACACUAGUAAAUCAAAUUCAACGUGGUCCGUGA